UGAUAACUAUCUUCAUGCGUCUUAUUUUUUAUAGUAGUCACUUGAUGCAAGAAAAAGAUAAUCUAUCGACGACUUUUUGGUUACACGGGUUGUCACAAUAAGAAUGACAUGGACUUUGAAAAACUUUCUAUUAAGAAUGUACGCCCAAAUUCGUAUGGAACUAUGCGUAAGAAUUGUAUUAAAAAAUCCUUCGUUGAAUAUCUAGUCUGUAAUGGAGAUACCCUUCAAGGCAUUGCUCUCAAACAUGAUAUUGCAAUGGAUGAAUUGAAGAGAAUAAAUAGGAUAUGGACAAAUGAUGCAUUAUAUAUAAAUAAAGCGCUAAAAAUUCCUAUGCCCACUAAAGAUGUUAUAUUUAAUUCAAUUGAGGAAAAAUCUCAAUAUCUAAAUAAAUCACUAGAAAAUCAUUCCUCCAAUGGGAACCCACCAAUUUUCAAAAAUCAUAUACCAAAUAAUCCUAUAUAUACAAAUAAUUCCAUAAAAGAUGAUUACUUAACAAAAAACUCACCUACACCUCCCAACCCUCACCCCCUUAAUCCCAACUACUUUACGCUUUACGAAACGCGUCGCAAUUUGAUGGGACCCGAACUCAACCGGUACUGCAAUCAAACACCGCCAUGUUGGAAUCAACAAUCCGUCGUCAAGUACUCGUCCGCCGAAAAUUUGAACAAAUCAUCGAAAUGGAACCCUCUCUCUCACAACGCUCACGUCAUCGAGACUAAUGACACGAGCGCGUCUUCGCACGGUAAGGCCAAGAUGCCCCCGAACCAAGACCAAACCUCCCCUUCCAUCGUAGUCAGGAACGGGAAAAGUUUUGGCGGAUUCAAGGGCUCCUCGUCAUCUCUCCUCUCCAAUUUUUUCCACCCCUUAGCUAAGAGCGGUCCGGAAAAAUGCGACGAUGAUAAUCUCUCCGAAAUGAUCGAAUUAUGACGAAUAAGCUCAUCGGUUUUAGCGUACCUUUUUGAAGGUUUUUUUUUAAAAAGAAAAGAUUAAUGGGAAAAAUCUAUAAAGUCGCUCUCGUAUUAAUUUAUAGUCUUUUUUUUUUUAUCGAUUAAAUAUAUUUUUUUUAUAUAACACACAACUUUAAGCCGACUUAUUCUUAAUUAUUUAUUUAUAUUUAAAAUAUUUUUUUAUUUAUGUGCUAUAAAAUAAUAAUAAUAAUGUCUUCAUAAGGAAAAAAACUAUUACG